UCCGCACUGCAGCCCCCUCCCACCGGCGCGGGGGGCGGCGCGGGGACGCGGCUGCUGCGGAGCGAGAGCUCCAGCUCCGGCGGCAGCGAGCGGCCGCGGCACCGGCGCCAUGCUGAACAACCUGACCGACUGCGAGGACGGCGACGGCGGCGCCAGCCAAGGCGAUGGCAAUCCCAAGGAGAGCAGCCCCUUCAUUAACAGCACGGACCUGGAGAAGGGCAAAGAGUAUGAUGGCAAGAACAUGGCCCUCUUCGAGGAGGAGAUGGAUACAAGCCCUAUGGUCUCAUCCCUGCUGAGUGGACUGGCCAAUUACACCAACCUGCCACAGGGCAGCCGGGAGCAUGAGGAGGCUGAGAACAACGAUGGAGGCAAGAAGAAGCCGGUGCAGGCCCCACGGAUGGGCACCUUCAUGGGUGUCUACCUGCCCUGCCUCCAGAACAUCUUUGGAGUCAUCCUCUUCCUGCGUCUCACCUGGGUGGUGGGGAUUGCUGGCAUCAUGGAGUCAUUCUGCAUGGUCUUCCUCUGCUGCUCCUGCACGAUGCUGACGGCCAUUUCCAUGAGUGCGAUCGCCACCAACGGUGUGGUGCCAGCGGGUGGCUCCUACUACAUGAUCUCACGCUCCCUGGGACCUGAGUUUGGUGGGGCUGUGGGGCUCUGCUUCUACCUGGGCACCACCUUUGCCGGUGCCAUGUAUAUCCUGGGCACCAUCGAAAUCUUGCUGGCCUACAUCUUCCCGGCCAUGGCCAUCUUCAAGGCAGAGGACGCCAGCGGGGAGGCGGCCGCGAUGCUCAACAACAUGCGUGUGUACGGCACCUGUGUGCUGACCUGCAUGGCCACUGUCGUGUUCGUGGGUGUCAAAUAUGUCAACAAAUUUGCCCUGGUCUUCCUGGGCUGUGUCAUCCUCUCCAUCCUUGCCAUCUAUGCUGGUGUCAUCAAAUCAGCCUUUGACCCGCCAAGCUUCCCGAUCUGCCUCCUGGGCAACAGGACCCUCUCACGCCACGGCUUUGACCUCUGCACCAAGAUGGUGGUGGAGGGCAAUGAGACGGUUGGCUCCAAGCUCUGGGAGCUUUUCUGCACCUCCCGCUUCCUCAAUGCGACCUGUGAUGAGUACUUCACCAUGAACAACGUCACUGAGAUCGAGGGCAUCCCUGGUGCUGCCAGCGGCCUCAUCCAAGAGAACCUCUGGAGCUCAUACCUGACCAAGGGCGUGAUCGUGGAGAAGCGGGGGCUUCCCUCAGUGAGCUCUCCCGACACCCCAGUGGACAUGGACCAGCCCUACGUCUUCAGCGACAUGACGUCCUACUUCACCCUGCUCGUCGGCAUCUACUUCCCCUCAGUCACAGGCAUCAUGGCUGGCUCCAACCGCUCUGGAGACCUGCGGGAUGCCCAGAAGUCCAUCCCCACGGGCACCAUCCUGGCCAUUGCCACCACCUCUGCGGUCUAUAUCAGCUCUGUUGUUCUCUUUGGAGCAUGCAUCGAGGGGGUCGUCCUGCGUGACAAGUUUGGCGAGGCUGUCAACGGGAACCUGGUGGUUGGCACCCUGGCGUGGCCGUCCCCGUGGGUCAUUGUCAUUGGCUCGUUCUUCUCCACCUGUGGGGCUGGAUUGCAGAGUCUCACUGGAGCCCCCCGCCUUCUGCAAGCCAUCUCCAGGGAUGGGAUCGUACCCUUCCUCAGGGUCUUCGGCCACGGCAAAGCCAAUGGGGAGCCGACAUGGGCCCUGCUGCUCACAGCCUGCAUCUGCGAGAUCGGGAUCCUGAUCGCCUCCCUGGACGAGGUGGCUCCCAUCCUCUCCAUGUUCUUCCUCAUGUGCUACAUGUUUGUCAACCUGGCAUGCGCGGUGCAAACGCUGCUGAGGACGCCCAACUGGCGGCCCCGCUUCCGCUACUACCACUGGACCCUGUCCUUCCUGGGCAUGAGCCUCUGCCUGGCACUGAUGUUCAUCUGCUCCUGGUACUAUGCACUGGUGGCCAUGCUGAUCGCUGGCCUCAUCUACAAAUACAUCGAGUACCGCGGGGCGGAGAAGGAGUGGGGUGAUGGGAUCCGGGGCUUGUCCCUGAGUGCAGCCCGCUAUGCCCUGCUGCGGUUGGAGGAAGGGCCCCCACACACCAAAAACUGGAGGCCGCAGCUGCUGGUCCUGGUCCGCGGGGACCAGGAGCAGAAUGUGGUGCACCCGCAGCUCCUGUCCUUCACGUCACAGCUCAAGGCUGGGAAGGGCCUCACUAUCGUGGCCUCUGUGUUAGAAGGGACCUUCCUGGACAACCAUCCUCAGGCGCAGAGGGCAGAGGAGUCCAUCCGGCGCCUGAUGGAAGCGGAGAAGGUGAAGGGCUUUUGUCAGGUGGUGAUCUCCUCUAACCUGCGGGACGGCAUGUCCCACCUCAUCCAGUCCAGUGGGCUGGGGGGGCUGCAGCACAACACAGUGCUGGUGGGCUGGCCCCGCAGCUGGCGCCAGAAGGAGGACCACCAGACCUGGAGGAACUUCAUUGAGUUGGUGCGAGAGACCACAGCUGGGCACCUGGCCUUGCUGGUGGCCAAGAAUGUUGCCAUGUUUCCGGGCAACCAGGAGCGGUUCUCAGAGGGCCACAUUGAUGUCUGGUGGAUUGUCCAUGAUGGGGGGAUGCUGAUGCUGCUGCCCUUCCUCCUGCGGCAGCACAAGGUGUGGCGUAAGUGCAAGAUGCGCAUCUUCACGGUGGCACAGAUGGAUGACAACAGCAUCCAGAUGAAGAAGGACCUGACCACAUUCCUGUACCACCUGCGCAUCACCGCAGAGGUGGAGGUGGUGGAGAUGCAUGAGAGUGACAUCUCUGCCUACACCUAUGAGAAGACGCUGGUGAUGGAGCAGCGUUCCCAGAUCCUCAAACAAAUGCACCUUACCAAGAAUGAGCGGGAGCGGGAGAUUCAGAGCAUCACGGAUGAGUCCCGUGGCUCCAUCCGGCGCAAAAACCCGGCGAACACACGCCUGCGCCUGAACGUCCCCGAGGAGCAGGCUGCCGACGGCGAGGAGAAGCCAGAGGAGGAGGUCCAACUAAUCCACGACAAGAAUGCCACCACCUUCUCCAGCAGCUCUCAGUCCCCUGGUGAUGAGGUAGAGGCAGCCCCUGAGAAGGUGCAUCUUACCUGGACCAAGGAGAAGUCUGUUGCUGAGAAGAACAAGAGCAAGAGCCCUGUCAGCCCCGAGGGCAUCAAGGACUUCUUCAGCAUGAAGCCGGAGUGGGAGAACCUGAACCAGUCCAACGUGCGGAGGAUGCACACGGCUGUGAAGCUCAAUGAGGUGAUCGUGAAGAAGUCCCAGGAUGCCAAGCUGGUCCUGCUGAACAUGCCAGGGCCUCCCCGUAACCGGAAAGGGGAUGAGAACUACAUGGAGUUCCUGGAGGUGCUGACGGAGCAUCUGGACAGAGUGCUCCUGGUGCGUGGUGGAGGCCGGGAGGUCAUCACCAUCUACUCCUGAAAGACGGCGAGAGAGAGCACCAGAUCUUCCGGGAGCAUCCAGCACCAGAGCAGCUGUUUCUCAUUGCAACACCACAGCACUGCUGUCCUUGUUUAUAUAUAAAUAUAUACAGUGAACCGCGGACUGAGCAUCAGAGCUCGGCGCUGCCGCCACCGCCAGCCCCAGCACUGCCGCUGCAGCCCCUGGCCGGGCAGGAGGGCGGCUGUGCCGAGACGGACCUUGGCCCC